UGCCAAUCUCUCUCUCUCUCUCUCUCUCUCUCUCUCUCUCUCGCACAUGGCGUGCCUCGCAGAUCAUCUUGUCUGGACACUCCUCCUCUUCCUUCCACUCCUCUUACUCUCACCCCCGUCUUCGUCUACCUUCACACUCUUCGACGUCCUAGACUUCGGCGCUGACCCGACGGGGGCAGCCGACUCGACCCUAGCCCUCCGCGACGCAUGGACGUUGGCAUGCGACCACGGCGGCAUCUUUGCGACCAUACUAGUGAGGCGCGGGAGCUACCUGCUUGGGCCGGUGCGAUUCAGAGGCCCUUGCAAGAGCAGGCACGUGAGCAUGAGGAUGGGAGGCGCGACCCUGGUCGCCCCUCCGGACUAUAGAGUCCUCGGAGGCAGCUCAAGCUGGCUGAGUUUCGAUGGGGUCUCGAACACGUCCGUCCACGGCGGGGUCCUCGACGCCAAGGGACCGUCCCUGUGGGCCUGCAAGGAUUCCGGCCGUAACUGUCCGGGCGGGGCCACGACACUUAGCUUCACCAACUCUAACAACAUCAGGAUAAAAGACCUGACUUCCGUGGACAGCCAGAUGUUCCACAUCUCCAUAAACAGGUGCCGGAACGUUCGCAUCCAAGGGGUGAGAGUGAAGGCCGACGGCGACAGCCCAAACACGGACGGAAUCCACGUCCAGCUCUCGACCAACGUCUUGAUUCUUCUCUCGGACAUCGCGACCGGGGACGACUGCAUCUCCAUCGGCCCGGGUACUCGGAACUUGAGGAUACAACGUGUUAGGUGUGGCCCCGGUCACGGCAUCAGCAUAGGAAGUCUGGCAAGAAGUGAGAAUGAACCCGGAGUACAGAACAUCAUAGUAAAAAACACAACUUUCCAAGGCACCCAAAAUGGAUUGAGGAUCAAAUCCUGGGCAAGGCCUAGCACUGGGUUUGUACAAGGAGUCCAUUUCAUCGACGCUAGGAUGAUCAAUGCCCAUAACCCCAUCAUCAUUGACCAGAAUUACUGUCCGAACGACAGCCAAACCUGCCCUAACCAGGAAUCGAGCGUGAAGAUAAGCGACAUCCUCUACAGAGGCAUCCAAGGCACGUCCGCCACACCCAUUGCCGUGAGGUUCGACUGCAAUGCCGAGAACCCGUGCACCGGGAUACGAAUGAGGAAUGUGUACUUGACCUGCCUUGACGAUGAGGUGACCCGAUCAUCUUGCGCAAACGCGAAUGGGGAGGCGUUAGGUACGGUUCAACCGAGAAGCUGCCUCUAUGAGAAUUCCUAGAUCUUUGUUCAGCCAGUAUGGAAAAUCAUAGAAUAGAAUUUACUGACAGAGGAAAACGG